AUGAUCUCCACUGUGAUGCUCAGCAGAGAGACGCUUCAAAACGUUCAGAGCAACAAUCAUAUCAGGAACGCCCUCAGGAUCGAACCUCGCAGGAACUCCAUCCCUCCAACACAGACGCUCACUGCCAAACAUUUGCUGGCGUAUCUGCCCAGACCUCAGUCAGGAUCCCUCCGCUACUCGCCCUACACCUGCAAGGUGGCUGCUAAAUCCACCGUCGCUGCCAUGAUGCUCAGUAAAAGAGGUUCUCUGAUCCACAACUGGAGCUACGUUAAUGGAUCGUCACUCCCGCCAUCCCAGGACUCGUCUCCCUGUCAGACUCAGAGUCCCUGCAGCCAGACCUCCCAGACGUUCCCUCCAGCUAAACAGGAGCUUCCUCAGCAGCACGUCGUCCAGGUGGCUCCUCUGGAACCAGUAGAAGACAGCUUUAAACCUCAGGGCCCGCAUCGCAGCAGACAGUUCAAACGUUUCACCGUCAGAUGGCAGUCCAGGGGCUCCACCAGCAGCUUUCACAGCUCUGAGAAGCUACGUGGUGCAAAGAGCCACAAGAAGCGCUGUAAGCUGCUGGGCGACGAGCACACGUUACACGUCUCCGCCAGCAACCAGCGGCAGCGUUACGUCACCAAGGACGGCAAGUGCAGGGUCAAUCUGGGGCCUAUCGUUGACAAGUAUCGCUUCAUCUCAGAUAUUUUCACCACAUUAGUGGACCUCAAGUAUCGCUGGUUCCUUCUCGUCUUCACUACUUGCUACAUUCUCACUUGGGUGACCUUUGGUGGGAUCUACUUCUUCGGUGCCUGGUUGCGUGACGACAUCGCCCACGUUCACGACCCUGAGUGGAAGGCGUGUUAUGAAAACGUCGACAGCUUCCUGUCAGCACUGCUGCUGUCUCUAGAGAGCCAGAGGACUAUUGGCUACGGCUCCAGGAUGGUGACUGCCAACUGCCCCGAGGGCGCCGUGUUCCUGAUGAUCCAGUCCAUCGUUGGCUCCAUCAUCGACGCUCUCAUGGUGGGCUGCAUGUUCGUUAAAAUCUCCCGCCCGCAGCAGAGAGCCCAGACGCUGAUUUUCAGCAAACACUGCGUCAUCUGCGAGCGCGACGAGAAGCUGUGUAUGCUGUUCCGCAUCGGCGACCUCAGAGAGAGUCACAUGGUGGACGCUAAGAUCCGGGCCAAGCUCAUCAAGUCCAGGCAGACCAAGGAGGGCGAGUUCAUCCCGCUGGAGCAGUCGGAGAUCAACCUAGGUUAUGACACCGGAGGAGACCGGCUGCUGCUGGUGGAGCCUCAGACCAUCACCCACGUCAUCAACCAGAGCAGCCCCUUCUGGGAGGUGGGGGCUGAGCGUCUGAGGAGGGAGACGAUCGAGAUCAUCGUCAUCCUGGAGGGCAUCGUGGAGGCGUCAGGGAUGACAUGCCAGGCGAGGACUUCCUACACGGAAAACGAGAUCUUGUGGGGCCACCGGUUUGAGUCGUGCAUUUCCUUGGAGAAAGAGGCGUUUCGGGUGGAUUACGCUGCAUUCGACAAAACCUUUGAAGUCCAGAUGUCUCUGCUCAGCGCUAAAGACAGAAGCACAGAAAAGGACAGAGAAUCUGUGUUUUAGAAAAUGAAAACAUGUCCGGUUUAAAGAAGCUGAGAAUGAAUGCUGCUUUUAUCCAUUAUCUCAAGAUGACUAGUUAAAUAUGUUGUUAGCAGAGAGACCAACAGGUGAACCUUUUUCUAUUUCACAAGAAAAUUACUUUGUGCACAUCGACAUCAGUAACUCAGGACCAGUCGUAACUUCUGUACCUUCUUCUGAACAAUAACUUCACAUAAAUGACUGAAUUAUUGACAGUCAUCUUCAUGAACAUUCAUCUCAGGGUAAUUUCAGUUGUUUGUUUUUCAUGUUUUAAUAUUUCCAGUAUGUUUCCACCAUAAUGUGUGAUUUAAAUCUGGUUUAAUGAACCUUGAUUCUGUCUGUUGAACUGAUGAUUCGGUCGUUAUCUUCAGCCAUAUUUCUCCAGUAGCUUCAGAAUAGGACACAACCUGUUACAUCAAGAAAUAUUUAUGUUAUGUUUGUAUCGUAUUACAAAAAAAUUAACAUCCUGCUAAACCGAGUUUUCUCUGGUCAUAUCUUGGCAGUGAGAGCAAGAAGUAAUGUGGGAAAAAAGUCUCAUCAGGUGAUCAAAUAAGUGGUAUAACACUUUGAAGUACUCAUCAUAGGGCUGAAUGUCUCUGGAAAUGUUUUACCAUUGCAGAUAUUUUACUAAAUAAAUGUUUAAUGUUUAAUCUGA